AUGUCAGCGAGGAGAGGCGGUGGGAGUUUUCAGGAACGGCAGGCAGAACGGUAUUUUGGCGUCGACAUUUCCAUGUCCAUACAACAACUGCGACGGUCAGAUGAAUCUCAAGGCACUAGCCAGGGCCCCUGGAGGCAGCAUCUUCCGUUGUUCCAAGAACAGGGACCAUACCAAGUCGUCCAGGACAUUUGGAUAUCUGGGUUGGUAGAACGCGACACUAAUACUUUGGUGAUGUACCCCGUGUCAGACAGAUCGGAAGAAACCCUUGUUCCCAUCAUUGAACGCCAUGUAGAAAAAGGCUCAACAAUAUACAGUGACGGCAGGUCUGCGUAUUGCCAUCUCAAUGACGCGGGGUACGAUCACUUUACAGUUCUACACAAGUAUUCAUUUAAGAAGACGUACGUGAAUACGAGGACUCAAGAGAUCGAAGUUGUGCAUACGAACAGAAUUGAGGGGGCGUGGAAGCACGCAAAAGACGACUUCAGGAGACUCGUUGGAACAAAGUUGCCUCAAUUCGAAGGGCAUUUGGCGGAAAUCAUGUGGAGACAGGCAGAGAGGGGAAACAUCUAUGAAGCAUUCUUUGACCUUUUGAGAACCGUAUAUCCAUUGGAUGGUCCACCUCAAUACACAUAUCCAACACCAUUGUUCAGUUCCUGGGAAGGAAUUCCUGAAAGCCAGUCCAAAAUUGAUGACUGGGAAAUCAGACCAGAGAACACUGAUGCGGAGAGUGAGACCGAGUCGCAAAUAGUGAAUCCUUCGGCAGAGUUGUUUUCAGGUACAGUGGAGAAAACCAGCUCAGGUAUUAUGCCGAACAGGGAGCUUUCCUCCAUUGAGCUGCGGGAGAGACGACUCUUUGAGAAGUCCUAUUUGGAUAAAGUUUUUGAUGAGAUGUUGGCAGGGUCUGGGGCUGAGGAUGACGUAGACAGAACCUUAAAAGAACGGAAGUUGACUUUUUAUACGGAAAACUCAGAGGGUAAUCGAAAGCAAAUGGUAACACCAAAGGACUCCCAGCUUCGCGGAAAUAAUGUUUAUCGACAAGAAAAGGACAGUAAAAGCUGGUAA